AUGUUCUGUCUCCGCAGCUGGCUGCCUUUGCUCUUCAUCCCCACUAAUGCCUCGCCAUUAUUCAUAAUCUCCUUCAUCGCCCUCACCUACAUCAUCCACCGGCCCUGCAUCUACUGCUCCGCCCUGUUGUUGAUCCUCUUUGUAUCAUCUUGUCACUGGUCCGACAGAUGUAUUUUCGAUCUGCGCAGUAAUUGGUUUGCGCCCCGAUACAGCUCAGCGCCUGUGGAGUCCUUCGUUCCCAAUAACGCCACGACAGAGGUCCCGGUACCUGGUGACGGAUUGGCAGAGUUCGUCUUUGAUACAUUCAACUCCACCGCGAAGGCAUUGGCAGGUGCUGUACUUGAAAGUGCACAGCAACGACUCGGUGUGGAAUCCAGACCAGAGGAGUGGACGGGAGUAGGCUUGGAAUGGCUGCGUAGCCUCACGGGCCGUCGGGAGUGGACUUUGCCCUGUGUGGAUGUGAAGGUGCGGUUAUGA